CCCAAGGCCACGCGAAGCGCCCGAACAGGCAAAACUAAUGCCAGAAGAAAGUUAAGAUCGCCCAGGCCUCUGCCACGCAACGCCCCACCGCCACCCCCGAGUGCGGCUCUUGCAACAGCUGUCACGGCCGGCGCCAGCGGGACCUAAUCCAGCCCGGCAGAGGUCAGAGCGGAGGAGCGAUGUCCCACCGCAGUCCUGGCAGGAGCCUCGGGCCGCCAGCGCCGCCGCCGCCGCUGCUGCUGCUGCUGCUGCUGCCGUUGCUACUGCAGCUUCCCUGGGCAGCCGCCCUGGAGCCUACGUCAACAGGGGUCUACUAUGCAACCGCAUACUGGCUACCUGAUUCGAAGACAGUGGAGAUCAAGAAUGUACUGGACAAGAGUGGGGACGCCUACGGCUACUACAAUGACUCCAUUGAGACCACAGGCUGGGGCAUCCUGGAGAUUAAAGCUGGGUAUGGCUCUCAGACCCUGAGCAAUUCCAUCAUCAUGUUUCUGGCUGGCUACCUGGAGGGCUACCUCACCGCUCUACACAUGUAUGACCACUUCACAAACCUGUACCCACAGCUGAUCAAGGACCCUUCCAUCAUGGACAAAGUGAAGAACUUCAUGGAUAAGCAGGACACGUGGACUCGGAAAAACAUCAAAGAACAGACGGAUGACCCAUUUUGGAGACACACCGGCUACGUUGUAGCACAGCUGGACGGACUUUAUAUCGGAGCACUGAAAAGAGCUACAGAGGAAAAUGUAAAGCCCUUGACGAUGUCCCAAGUUCAGUUUCUGAAUGCCGUUGGCGACCUGCUGGACCUCAUCCCCUCACUAUCUCCCACAAAAGACGACAGCAUGAAGGUGUUUAAGAGAUGGGACAUGGGCCACUGCUCUGCUCUUAUUAAGGUCCUUCCUGGAUUUGAGGACAUCUAUUUUGCGCACUCGAGCUGGUACACAUAUGCAGCCAUGCUCAGGAUCUACAAACACUGGGACUUCAACAUAAAGGACAAAGACACCAAAAGCAGCCGGUACUCCUUCAGCAGCUACCCAGGGUUCUUGGAGUCUCUGGAUGACUUUUACAUUCUUAGCAGUGGCCUCAUACUGCUACAGACCACCAACAGUGUAUACAAUAAAACCCUGCUGAAGUUCGUGGUACCCGAGACUCUCCUGGCCUGGCAAAGAGUCCGUGUGGCCAACAUGAUGGCAGACGGUGGUAAGGACUGGGCAGAGAUCUUUUCAAAGCACAACUCUGGUACCUACAACAAUCAGUACAUGGUCCUGGACUUGAAGAAGGUUCAUAUCAAGAAGCGCCUUGACGAAGGCACUCUGUAUAUCGUGGAGCAAAUUCCUACAUACGUAGAAUAUUCGGAACAAACCAAUGUUCUAAGAAAAGGAUACUGGCCUUCCUACAAUAUCCCUUUCCAUGAAAAGAUCUACAACUGGAGUGGCUACCCGCUGCUGGUUAAGAAGCUGGGUUUGGACUACUCUUAUGACUUAGCUCCCCGAGCCAAAAUCUUCAGGCGCGACCAAGGGAAAGUGACUGAUAUGGCUUCCAUGAAAUAUAUCAUGCGAUACAACAAUUACAAGGAGGACCCCUACAGUAAGGGUGAUCCCUGCAACACCAUCUGCUGUCGUGAGGACCUGAAUGAAGCCAGCCCAAGCCCUGGAGGCUGCUAUGACACCAAGGUGGCAGAUAUCUUCCUUGCAUUUCAGUAUACAGCCUAUGCCAUUAGUGGUCCCACGGUACAAGAUGGUCUCCCCGCUUUUGACUGGAAUCGGUUCAACAAAACUCUACAUGAAGGGAUGCCAGACGUCUAUAACUUCGAUUUUGUUACCAUGAAACCAAUUUUGACAGAGAACAUAAAGUGAAGGAUGGAGGAGGAAGAACAAAGCUGCGAAUAAGACUCCAAAGGCAUUAUUUUAGCUAUAUUUUCCCAUCUGUACUCUUAAUAAAAAAAUAUUAAAUUCCCUUCCAUUUUCCACAGAUUUUUGUUUUUAACAGCAAAAACAUUUCCUGCAGGGUGGAGAGCUGCAGACUAAACAUUAUGUAUGAGAUGAAUACAAGAAAAGAUUGCAGAAACUGUCUCUGUCAGAAUCCACUAUCCUCCGUUGAUGCCUGCAGAUGCCAAUCACAGUCCACGGUACAACCAAGUUCUGGCCAAUUGAGCUUGAGGUAAUAUGAAGGACAUCUCCAGGCUUAGGAGACACCUGCACUUCCCAUGGUCCUUCUCCUUCCCCUGAUGGUCAAUGCUAAUAGCAAAGCCCUAGGGGUUUGGGGAGCACAAACAGGAGGCAGUUUGUGAUUCUUUCUGGUCAUCAAGCUAGACACGUAGUCAGCUGAAAUCCCCGUCUAACCAGGCAGCAGUUCCGCACGGCAGCUUCUUCAAAGCUCGGGAAUACCAUGUGGGUUGAGUGCUGGGGAACUGCCUAACAGAUUAAAGAAGGCGCAGUGAACAGUGAACAAUGGGGAGUGCUGAGCAAAGUGGGUUUGUUUUUUAAGAAAUGCACACACAGGCUGAGAACUCUCCGAAUGAAUAAGAGUACCCAGGAAUGUUAAAAACCCAGUCAUUUAUUUCAAAGUAUAAAUUUCAGGCUUGCUGGACAAAUCCCCACUACAGUUAACAUUUACACAGACAGUACUCUACUGUACAUUUAGGAAAGAAAAUUAAAAAUUUCAAAACCUAAUAAAAAAUGGGGCAACUUGCUACAGCGCAGUUAAUAUUAGACCUUAGAAAGGUCUUACAUCAUCUUAUUAUUUACACUUCCAACUGCAACAAACAAAAAUCAGGAUGCAAGUUUUCCUACGAGGGGUUUAUUUUUACAUUUCUGUUUGAAAUUGUUGAUAAAAUCCUCAAGCUAGGAUCUCCAAAAGGUGUUUGAUUGCUUAGUUCCCUUAUUUACAAAAGGAAAGGGGAGGGGUCAUUUACAUAUUUAAAUGAUAGAUAUUCAGCUAUCUCUACAUAUAAAACAAAAACAAAAGCUCGAACAUGAUAAAACAUUGGAAGAUGAGAGCAGUGUGUCCUCAACUCCUCCCUGCCUUCGGCUGGCUCGAGGGGAUGAGUUAAGAAUUAGGUAAGUCUCCUCCACUGACAAACCCCUCAUGGUAACUGCUCGAUCUUGUGUGCACCGCUCAAAUAUUUCUUUAAAGCCAUUUGCCCAGAAAAUAAUUAAGGAAGGCAGAAUCACACACGACUACAUAGUUAUUAUCUAUGCACAAGGACAUGUGUGUUUCCAUGAGAACCAAACAGUUGACCCAACCACAGGGAAACAGAAAAAAUUAUAUAAUCAUAUUGAGGAUACUGAAAUGGCUGUGGGAGGAGUCAGUGGAACACCGGGAAGGCUUUCUUGUAGUACCUAUGGGGUGAGACCACAGCAUCUGAAAGCACGCCACACACAGUAUUUUCAAUCCUACACAGUCCUGGAAAAGCCAUGGGAAGUGAAAUGCCUACCAGGCAGCACUGACACUCUAAGUAAUGGAGCAAGCAACAUGAGGAGCCAUCCAGCACGUCAAGAAAGUUCCGCAGAGCUGCACCUGAAAUUCCCGAGAUACAUGUUUUUAAAGGUAUCCCAUAUCUGGCACACGGGUAGGGGUUUGUGGAGGACACCUCUCUGAGGUAAACAGUAUCCCAACAAGUAUUUUCAAGGAAGAAAGCUCUUGUUUCUUUCAUACUGCAUCACACAGUACCAAGUAGUCUGCAGUUUAAAAAUUGAGCCCAGAAAAACAGGGGGACAGCCACCUUGUAAGUUAACUGUCACAAAGGAUGCUGUCUUUGUAUGCCAUUAGCAAGAACACAAAUGAAUGAGGUGUACUCACACUUAAAACAGGGUGAAAAGUACUCUGACACAGCGCAAAGCAGAGAGUAACGAACAUUACUGUUACCAUUCAUUACUGUAUAAACAUCUCAAUUCACGCUGAAAUUUCAGGAGUUUCCAGGAUUCCCAGUAAGGAAAUACUUACCAGUAUUGUCAGGCUAAAAAUGUAGCAAACUUGAAUUCCCAAAAUGGGACAACUGAGCUUAUUUGUAAUACUUUGAGAAGAGAUAGCAGGGAGUAAAAGAGAGCCCCCGAUGUGAAGUGCUAUUAAAUAUCCUGAUGGCUGGAGCCUGCAGCUACUUCUGGAGAAGUCCUCCUCCUCCUCCCCCAGGACAGCCAGACAAAAGCCAAUGCCCAUCAGCACUUACAUUUACCCCAAAGAAAGGAAACCCAACAUGGCCGCUGCCCAAAGCCUCAUGACAGGUUAUAUGAGGAGACUGCACCCACAAGUGUAUGUUCCCCAUAACAGUUACAGACAGUCUCUCUCCAUACAUUCUUUCCAAUCUGGAAUAAAGUUUUCAGUAACUACUUUCUGCAGUAAAUCUACAUCUAGAGCCAUUAUUUGACAUUUUUUUUUUUCCUUUGACAAAACUCCAAGUACAAGCCAAAGCAAUGAAAUAUAGUAAUUCCACUGGGCUUCCUUCGCCUGAUUGUAUAACACUAUGAAAACUUAAAAAAAAAAAACCAAAAA